GUUGUCAAAUGAGAUCAAAAUUUAAGUUAGUUUUGAGUUUUCUCUCUCUUUCUCUUCUCUAAAACUACUUAAGCUAAAGAAUCAAACACUUCUCAACGUUUCUCCAAAGCCUCUGAUUAGUAAACACAUAAAGAGAUCUAUAGAGAGAGAGAGUAGAGAAAAAAGGUGAUGAAUAGAGGUGUGUUGGAGAGUUCGCCGGUUCAACAGCUGAUGGCAGCCGGAAACCCUAACUGGUGGAACGUAAGCGGUGGCAUGAGGCCACCCCCACCGUUGAUGGGUCAUCAGCAGGCGCCGUUGCCGCCACAUAUGACUCCUAACAACAAUUAUCUCCGACCACGGAUGAUGCCCACUCCCUUGCCGCACUUCUUGCCAUCUCCGGCGACUUCGUCUUCCUCUUCUUCUUCACCGUCUUUGCCUAAUAACCCUAAUCUCUCUUCUUGGCUUGAAAGCAAUGAUCUCCCUCCUGAGUCUUGGAGCCUUAGCCAACUUCUUUUGGGUGGAUUGAUGAUGGGAGAGGAAGAGAGAUUGGAGAUGAUGAACCAUCAUAAUCAUCAUGAUGAACCACAUCACCAUAGUUUUCAAGGGAAGAUGCGAUUGGAGAAUUGGGAAGAACAAGUGUUAAGCCACCAACAAGCUGCCAUGGUGGCUGCUGACAUCAAACAAGAGAGUAACAUUAACAACAACAAUGGCUAUGUCAUCUCUUCUCCGAACUCACCUCCUAACAAAUCUUGUGUUACAACAACAACCACAACAAGCCUCAAUAGUAACGACGAUAACAUCAACAACAAUAAUAAUAUGUUGGAUUUCUCCAGCAAUCACAAUGGUCUUCACUUGUCAGAAGGGAGACACACUCCUCCGGAUCGAUCCUCUGAGUGUAACAGCUUAGAGAUUGGUGGGUCUACUAAUAAGAAGCCAAGGCUCCAACCUUCUCCUUCGUCACAAUCAACCCUCAAGGUGAGAAAGGAGAAACUAGGAGGCCGAAUCGCAGCGCUUCAUCAGCUAGUAUCUCCAUUUGGAAAGACUGACACAGCAUCUGUCCUGUCGGAAGCUAUUGGAUACAUUAGAUUCCUUCAGAGUCAAAUUGAGGCUCUGAGUCAUCCAUACUUUGGUACGACUGCCUCGGGGAAUUUGAGGCACCAACAACAUUUGCAAGGAGAUAGGAGUUGCAUAUUUCCUGAGGACCCUGGCCAGCUCGUGAAUGAUCAGUGCAUGAAGAGAAGAGGAGCUUCUUCGUCAUCUACGGAAAAUCAAAAUGCAAGUGAAGAGCCUAAGAAAGAUCUGAGAAGUCGAGGUUUAUGUCUUGUCCCAAUCUCAUGCACACUCCAAGUAGGCAGCGACAACGGCGCCGACUAUUGGGCUCCAGCACUCGGCUCCGCCGGAUUCCAUUGAACCAAUGAAAUUACGCCACGUGAAAUUCCAACGUUAGAAAAAAAUGAUAUAACAUCACGAGCAGUCAGUCUACUGAGAAAACAACAAAUUGAGUUUCCAAGGCUGAUUGCUCAUGAUGCUAUACAAAGUACUUCGUUUAAAACUUUGCUAGAGAAUUUGCGUUUGGCGUUUCAUCAUUUGAUGCGUUAUCAGAUGAUAUGACCAAGUGAUCAAUUUAUGUUCUUGCUUUAGGAAACUGUUUGUUUUCUUUUACCGGUUAAUUGUAAUUUGUGGUUAAGUACUUAUUUUGAUUACUUCCACGUGGUUUGUAUUGUUAUAAUCUUGCUAUUACUUUAUAAUAUGUCUAUUGUGUGGGAUAA